UUGCUUUUAACUGUAAACUGAACAGCUUUCCCUUUGUUCCUGCUUCAAUACAAUUUACAUUGCCAGACACGUUCCACUGAAUGAUGACCGUGAUCUCUCAGCUCUUGCGUUACAUUACAGUCGGGGCCCUGUGGAAAGCAGACACUGUGGAAAGAAUACCACGAUCCAGCUGUGACUUUCUACCUUAAAUAAGAGGUUCAGUGUUAAAGAUAUAAAGUUGAGAAGGAUGACACUAUCAUUUCAAAACUCCAACAAAUAUUUACUGUGUCAUUGUAAAAAUGUCAUCCCUGACUUUCAGCCUUCAAUCUGAACUGUCUGAGUGGUUUUACUUUAAGUGUCUGCCUCUACAGCCCCCUCUGGAAGACAGUUUCUGCCCCUUAGUCCCGGUUUUGUUUUUGUCUGUUUGUUUGUUUGUUUUUUAAAUAAGCUGUGAUAUCAGCCCUGUAAAAAUCCACCAUCAGCUGGUACACCCGGUGAAUGAAACUGACUUACUAGAGGUUGGACUUUUUCGUAGGCUGAAGACGAUAUUUCCAUCUCCAAACUCCACAACAAAACAGCUGAAAUCGGUGUUAUACUGUGUCUACGGAAAAAUUCCUUUUGUGGCCCCUGCAAUCGUCAGCUUGUAGCUACCAGCUGUGAGGCAGACAAUUUGUGCAAUGUUAAUUUAAAUCCCAGCUGUUAUUGAGGCUCUGGCUUGAUUUCUAGCUUGAUUUAGAAAAGAUUUAUAUUUUAUACUUGUUUGACGACAAAACCCAAUAAAUCUUGGUCACAAGAUGUGCACUUGCGAGCAGAAUGAUGAGUGUUUUGUUUUGAAGAAAUGUCAUAUGGACCAGUAUGCCAGUAUGGAUAUGAAAACAAAAUUUAGAUAUUAGAUAGAUAUUUAGAUAUUAAAGUUCUCCUGUUGAAGAGAUAUUGAGGAAAUGCAGGAAUAUUUGCAUGCAUAGCAACACUCACACUCUUACUGUUCAAUAUCCUAUCUUUGUAGUUCAACCCCAGAGAUGGUAUCGCAGUCAUUUAAUGUUGACAGAUGCAAAUAGUAGUCUAGGUGUUUUGACUAUUGAAAGAACUGCUGAACUUUGAGCGGCAACCAGGAGAGAUGACGCUGCUUGGGGUCAGUGUAUUUUCAUACAGGCAGCUGUAAAGCAAGGUAGCUACGUAUAAAUGUACAAAUAUAGCUGUACCUGCGAGAGGGCAUCAUAUCAAAACAGAGACAAAGGUUUGGACGGAGACAAAGGCCGACAAGGUGAGUGAUACCAGUUCAGCCUAAAUUGUUCUCACAAAUUCUGUUCUUUAGAUGUAGGAUGAUACAUUUGUGCAAUUUUAGAGGAACUGAAAGCUUUAUUCCUGAUCUUCAUUCACUGGCCUGUGGGCAGUUGUUUAAAACAUCUUAACUUGUCUCUAGUCAACUGAUGCCAUGUUUUUUUCUUCCAGAGUAAAGAUGCUGUGGAAUCUAUUUUUCAUCUCUCUGAUCUCUCUAGGAAGGUUACACUUACAUGCAACAGCUAUAGAUACCUGCAACACACAAAAUGAGAUCCCGUUAAGAGAACUUAACACCUCUCAGUCAUCAAACUACGCCGAUACGAGUGGAGUCCCAUACGUUUCUGGAAGAGCUAUUGAUGAGCAUAAGAAAAAGUGUUCUCACACAAUCAAAGAGGACAAUUCCUGGUGGACAAUUGACCUGGAUCGUGUCUACAACAUUUCCUGUAUUUCUAUCUACAACAUACAACAAAAAAAUAUUGUUAUGAAUGAUGUUCAGAUCCGCAUCGGGAACUCGUCGGUGAAAAACGGCACUGAAAACAAAGUGAGGAAAAACAUCACAUCCUUCGAAUUAGACGUGUACAAUUGCUUUAAAUUUGAUCCAGCCGUGUCGGGGCGCUACGUCACUCUGUACUCUCCAAAAACAAACCAUGUAGUCCUGUGUGAAGUGAAGAUCUACGAAGCCACAGAUUCAAACUUUAGGCUGGUCGAGGAGAGCAUGACGUGGGAAGAUGCUCUGUACUACUGCAGGGAUCGUCACAAGGACCUGGCUUCCAUCCUUAACAACGAAACCCAGACUGAGUUGGCUAAGUUGGCCAAGAACGCAACCACAGACUUCGUGUGGUUGGGCCUUCGCUACACCUGCACCCUGAAUUUCUGGUUCUGGGUCGAUGAUAACCGCUUAGACUUCGAACACUGGAAUGAAAAUGAUAAAACAGAAGAAUGUGACAUGAGUGCUGCCAUGGCGAAAUCAGGGAACCAAAACUGGUUCAGCAAGCCUGACUACGAAACGUAUAAUUUCAUCUGUGCAAAGUAAGAAAAAUCAAUGGUUGGACAGGUGUCGGUGGUGGCAUUAUUGUGUUGCGACAAACUCUCCUCUAAUAUGUGUCAUAGGGCCCAGUGCAGCAGCUUUCCAAAUAAAGGUGAUGGUGAUACUCUGUCUUUAACCAUCUCAAGCAGUAUAUUUAAUUCACUGUUUUCACUCUAUAUGUUAGGCCAUGAAUGCACUCUAGCUCUGUGACAUUUUUGUAGUAUGUUUAAAGUUGUGUCAGUGUAUUCUUCACUUGUAAGUCAUGAUUCUUGGAUGUGAUAUUUACAUGUUACUAAAAUUAUUGCUUGUGUUUUUUUGUGUAAUGUAAUCGUGUAUUUUUGAAUAUUAGGAUGACUUUGAAUGGGCUGUCUACAUUUUGUUGGUUACAUCUGACACGAAAAAGAAUUAACACAUCAGAAAUGUUUGGGAUGUCUCAAAUUAUACAGAAAUUGAAAGAAGGCAUUCGUGUAUCAUCAGAUUUCCAUUCGUGUUAAAUACAUUUUACGUGGUCACAUGCUUUGUACAUCUUUCCCGAUAUAUAACACUUUCAUGUUCAGCCUUCAAUGUGUAGCCUAUUUUUGAUUGAAUCUCGUGUGUUGUGUUUAUAUUUGGAGCAUUUUUGCAAGUGCAUAGAAGAACUAGAUAUAUUCAUAUAGGCCUAUAGAUUUUUGAGGUUUGCGGCAUUAUGAAGGCACUUUAACAAUGUAUAUUUUUGUGAUAUCAAUGGCAUGUUUAAAUAAAAGUUGGGAUAUAUUUAAA